CCAACCCAAACCAUUCUGUGAUUCUGUGAUCUUAGAAAAGAAGAAAAAGGCACAAAAAAGUAAAAAAGUGACAAUUUUGUGCCCUGACAUCAUAACCUGUUGGGGGAAGAAAAUCCCUUUUGUGUUGCUCUCCUCUCCAGCCCAGGCACAGGAGUUCACUUUAGGCUGUUGGCCAGAAUGAGCUGUUUUAUCCCCAACAUUUCAUUCCUCACAUUCCGAGGAGAUUCCCUCUGCCCUUUGGCUGCCAGUGGAAGCACAGGGUGAGGGGUUUCCAGAAGCCCCUCUGAGUGUUCCAGAGGGAGCAAAAGCCCUGACAGCGUUUUGGGAUGCACCAACAUCCCCUGGCAUGGGUGGCAUUCCUCUGGGAAUGUUCUUUCCCAGGUGUUUAGCGAUGCUCAGCUGUGACACUUAAGCAGAGCUGUUUCCAUGCUUGAGCAGCUCCUCAAAAGGCAUUCCCAGCCUGCAGGGCCCAGCUCCAAAACUGCCUGGCUCACUGGAGCUGCUGGAAGUGAAAAUUCUGGAGAGACCUGCCCAGAGUACCUGGAAGCAGUUCUGAGCCCCAGUAAGUUGAGAUCCAUGGCUACGGUGCUAAUGUGCCGAAGAUUCCCAAGGCUGAGCAGGGUGACAGCGUUUUCGACCACAGCCAAGCGCAAGGCCGAGCAUGGGAGCAGCAAAAGCAAGAAGGAAAAGCACGAUAAACCAGGGGCAGCCAACACUGGGACCGAAUCCGGGGCUACAAUCCAGCUGCUGAAGCCACAGGACUACAGAGUGUUGUAUAAUCCAGCUGCCUAUGCCAAAGGCAGGGCUGGCUCCCAGCAGCGCGUGGAUAGGGACAGCAGCCAGGCCCUCAGUGACACGUUCACCGGCCCUGGCACCACGCAGGCUCCGCACACAUUCCCUCCUGCCUCUUCCCAAGCUUUGCCACCCAUCAGGAAUGCCCUGCCCAAGCCCAAGUCCAACACACUCCUGGAACAGACCAUCCUGGCCACGCUGUACAAGGAGGAAGCAGAGAAGGAAAAAUGGGAGGUGCACAACUCCAAGGAGGACCCCCGCAUGUUCCAGAAGGGGAGGCCUGAGUACAGAUCUCUCAGCUGUGACAGCGCUGAGCCAGCACAGACCCUCCCUGCAGAGGAAGGGGAGUCGAUUUUACAGAGUGUGGCCGGGUGUGAGGGCAGCCCGGGAAUUCUCACGGAUUAUUUCCACAAGCUGAGCCGUUUGCCAGCGGAGCGACGCGCGGCGCUGGUGUCCGAUCCCAGGUUCAGUGCCCUGUGUCACCAUGCUGUCACGGCCAUCAGGCUGUUCAGCACCCCAGAUCUCAUCCAGAUUUUAAAGGCUUGUGUCCCUUUGGCCGUGCCAGCCUCCCACCCGCUGCUCGACGCAUGCGAGGCCGAGUUCUGCCGGCGGGCGUGGGACAUGGGCCUGGAGCAGCUGCUGCUGGUGGCGGAUUGCUGGCGCUGCCUGGAGCGCAGCGUGCCCUCCUACCUGGGCAUUCUGUUCAGCUAUGCCAACCUGCACUGGAAGGACCUCACCUUGCCCCAGUUUGUGCAGCUCCUCUACAUCAUCGGGGAAGGCCGAAGGUCGCCCGCGGACUUGGCGCAGAAGGUGGAGAGCACGAUCCUGAAGCACUUGGACGCCUUCACCUUGGAGGAGCUGGGGGCCAUCUGCUUGGGGCUCUUCAAGUCCCUCAGUGGGCUGUCUGACCACGUCAUGAGGAGGAUUGCAGACAGGGUGUCCCUGCAGAUGGAGGACAUGAGCACUUAUGCCUUGGUGAACGUGCUCAAGAUGCUGCGCUACACUCGCGUGGACCACGUGCCCCUCAUGAGGGAGCUCGGGAAGGUGAUUCCUGCUCGCAUUCCUACAACAAACAUCCAGGGCAUCAUGCACAUCGCUCUUACCUGUUCAUCCCUGCACUUUUUUAACGAGGAUAUUUUGGCUGCUGUCGCCACCUCGUUGCCUUCCAAGGUGUCCUACUGCCGGAGCAAGGAUGCUGCCAAAUUCCUGUGGUCGUUUGGGUGCCUGGACUAUGAACCUCCCAACGCGGAGGAGUUUUACUCCAGCCUGAUAAAGCAGUUGCAUAUGAAACUCCGUGAGUUUAGCAAGUUUCCAGAGCAUCUCCUUACUGCUCUGCUUGGCCUGGCAUUUGUCAAACGCUUCCCAGAGGAGCUGAUAGACUUUGCUUUGAGGGAGGAGUUUGUCCAGAAAACCAGAGGUAGCAAAUAUGAGCUCAACAAGGACCUGUUCACCCUUGGUAAGAGCGUUGAAAUUGAGUGCCCGACCUACCAAGGCAGCCGCCUCCCGCCUCAGCUUUGUCAGGAGUUCACUGAGGUGGUUUUGAGCUUUGCAGAGCGGGAAAUAUACGUCAGGCCUGAAAUUGUGGAAGCCACAUCCCUCCUUGAGAGCAUGUUGGGAGGCCCUGAGUAUGUGAAGAGCCACAUGAUCCUGCCCCACACAAGGUCCAGCGACCUGGAGGUGCGUUUGGCCACGGAUGGAUGUCCCAUCCCUUUCAACUUCAAGGAUCCUGUGGCAGCCAAGAAGCUGAAAGACAUGGGAGUUAAUCUGACAGAUGAUUUAAUUUCUCAGCUCGUAAAGGGGAGAGCUCAUAGCCAGUCUCCCGUGGAAGUGGGAAAUGAAGCCAGCAUUGCCAGACAGGAGAGAGGGGACGCAGCAGGAACGCCGUGCUUGGGUGGAGCCCUUACUGCAGGUGCCACAUCCCAGGCUGAGCCUAAAGCAGGGUGCUGGCAGCCUCAGGAAGUGAGGCUGGCACUGCAGGUGUCCAACAGGAACCACUUCUGCUACGGCUCCAAGCGGCUGCUGGGGCUGCACUGCCUGAAGCGGCGGCAGCUGCGGCUGCUGGGCUACGUGGUGGUGGAGAUUCCCUUCUGGGAGUGGUUCCCUCUGCUCAAGCGCACGCGCUCCGAGAAGCUCAGCUACCUCCACUACAAAGUGUUCUGCCCGGCGCUGCUCACCAGGGCUGGCUAGUGGGGGCAAAGGCUUGCCCAGAGCCUCCCCAGUGCACCUCCGUGGCUGGGUGCUGGUUAAAAUGGUCUCUGGGUGUUGGCUCGGUUUUUGGCAGCUGCUCUGUGUGGCCAUUUCUGCUCUGGUGACAUCUCUACUUCCCGUGCUCUCCUUUUGUACCCGGAUCCUCAAAUGCUUCCACCACAAAUAAAACCUACUAAGGAUU